GGAAGCCGACCUCUCCUGCCCCGGAAGUGCAAGUCUGGAGGUCGUGCAGGUGUGGAUUCCGCCGGCGAGGCGGGUUUUUUCGAGAUGCCGGGGGCUGAGGCCAAGGGCUCGGAGUUGUCCGAGAGGAUCGAGAGUUUCGUAGAGGCACUGAAGCGGGGCGGCGGGCGGCACAGCUCCGAGGACAUGGCCCGGGAGACCCUGGGGCUGCUGCGCCGGAUCAUCACGGACCACCGCUGGAGCAAUGCAGGGGAGCUGAUGGAAUUGAUCCGCAGAGAAGGCCGGAGGAUGACGGCCGCUCAACCCUCAGAGACCACUGUGGGCAACAUGGUGCGGAGAGUGCUCAGGAUCAUCCGGGAGGAGUAUGGCAGACUCCACGGACGCAGCGACGAGAGCGAUCAGCAGGAGUCCCUGCACAAACUCUUGACAUCCGGGGGCUCGAGCGAGGAUUUCCGCUCCCAUUAUGCUCAACUCCAGUCCAACAUCAUUGAAGCAAUUAAUGAGCUGCUUGUGGAACUGGAAGGGACAACGGAGAACAUCGCAGCCCAGGCUCUGGAGCACAUCCACUCCAAUGAGGUGAUCAUGACCAUUGGCUUCUCCCGAACAGUGGAGGCCUUCCUCAAAGAGGCUGCCCGAAAGAGGAAAUUCCAUGUCAUCGUGGCAGAGUGUGCACCUUUCUGUCAGGGUCAUGAGAUGGCAGUCAAUUUGUCCAAAACAGGUAUUGAGACGACUGUCAUGACGGAUGCUGCCAUUUUUGCUGUUAUGUCAAGAGUCAACAAGGUGAUCAUUGGCACAAAGACCAUCCUGGCCAACGGUGCCCUGAGAGCUGUGACAGGAACUCAUACUCUAGCACUGGCAGCAAAACACCAUUCCACCCCACUCAUCGUCUGUGCACCUAUGUUCAAGCUUUCCCCACAGUUCCCCAAUGAAGAAGAUUCAUUUCACAAGUUUGUGGCUCCUGAAGAAGUCCUGCCUUUCACAGAAGGGGACAUCUUGGAGAAAGUCAGUGUUCAUUGCCCUGUGUUUGACUACGUUCCCCCAGAGCUUAUUACCCUCUUUAUCUCCAACAUUGGUGGGAAUGCACCUUCCUACAUCUACCGCCUGAUGAGUGAGCUCUACCAUCCUGAUGAUCAUGUCCUAUGACCACCACUCGUCCUAAGCAGAAGCUGCUUAGGCAAACACAGAAUGGAGUGGAGACUUCAGUGCCACGGCUGAAACACAUCUUCCUUGUAAUGGGGGAGUGAUCUGGAGUCAAGCUGAGAAAACUUGAUACUGAUACUGUUCCCCACCGUUUCAGUCAUCCUAUAACCAGGAUGCAAUCCAGGAUGAUUUUUUGCCUUUCAGGUCUCAACAGAGCAGCAGGGCUUGACCUAUUGAUUUUGGAGCCUCUUAGUGACUUGGGGCGUCUGUUUCAGGAACUUAAACUUUCUGGUUCAGUGGUGUGUUAAACACAACACUGCAGACCUUGCUGGGCUACAGGUUUUUGCUCAGAAAUGACUACCACGCCUUUUCUGAGGCUGUGCCAAUAAAGGCUGCUCGAAGGUU